AACAUUGAGAAACUCUCUCUUUCUCUCUCGUUUCUCUCAUCUCUAUCUGCAAUUCUACUGUGGUUGGAAGACUUGAAGGUAUUGAAAGCAUGCCUGCUUGGUGGGGAAGAAAGUCUCACAAGAGCAGCAAAGAACAAAAAUCUGCAGCCUCAGGAGAAGAACAACAGCGUCACGAUUACAUCAAAGCUUCUUUCUUUAAGAACGAUAAGAAGAAGAGCAAGGAGAAGCCCAAGAGCUUCGAUGGGCUCUCUGCGAUUUUUAUCACCCGUAACUCUCCCAGAACUAGCAAGGAUUUCGGUUCGUCUUGGGGUUCUGAUUCCGAUUGCCACAGUGGUGGUGGUGAUGUAGUUUCGGAGAAGAAGGGGCUUCCUUUGCCUCGGCCGUCCGUCUCGUCGGCGCCGUCGCUGUCGAUCGAUCAUGGAGCUGUGUCGGGGUCUAGGUCUGGGUCGGUGUCCGUUUCCAGUGUCAGCUCCUCUGGGUCUUCGGAUGACGCUCCUCCUGAUCGUGGUUCCUCCUGCAAUUCCGGAACACAUGGGGAAAAUAAGUUAAACUUACGAUCAAGAAGCCCAGGUCCAGGAUCAAGGGGGCCGACCAAUCCCACAUCACCUUUACAUCCAAGGCUAUUUGGUACGAGUAUGGAGCAUCCAACAGGAAAGCAAGAAGAUGGGAUAAGUUUAUGUCAUUGUCAUCCACUGCCACUUCCUCCAGGUUCUCCUACAAAUCGUUGCACCUCACCCACUAUAAGAAAUACUGGAGCCAAUGAAAGUAUACAUUGCCUUGGAUCAAAAUGGAAGAAAGGAAAGCUCCUAGGAAGAGGGACAUUUGGCCAUGUUUAUGUUGGAUUUAACAGUGAAAAUGGACAAAUGUGUGCUAUAAAGGAAGUCCGGGUGAUUUCUGAUGAUCAAACCUCUAAAGAAUGUCUCAAGCAAUUGAACCAGGUAUCUCUUCAUCUGUCUGUCUUUGAGGAGAUAGCAUUGCUUAGUCAACUCUCGCACCCAAACAUUGUUCAGUACUACGGGAGCGAACUGGGGGAAGAGACACUUUCUGUUUAUUUGGAGUACGUAUCUGGAGGCUCCAUCCACAAAUUACUUCGGGAAUAUGGUGCCUUCAAGGAACCUGUUAUUCAAAGUUACACCAGACAGAUUCUUUCUGGGCUUGCCUACUUACAUGGGAGGAAUACUGUACACAGGGAUAUUAAAGGGGCGAACAUACUUGUAGGUCCCACUGGUGAAGUCAAGCUUGCAGACUUUGGCAUGGCUAAACAUAUUACAUCAUUUUCCUCAAUGUUAUCUUUCAAAGGAAGCCCUUACUGGAUGGCACCUGAGGUUGUAAUGAAUUCCAGUGGCUACAGCCUGGCAGUGGAUAUUUGGAGCCUGGGUUGUACAAUUCUUGAAAUGGCAACAUCAAAACCACCUUGGAGCCAAUAUGAAGGGGUGGCUGCAAUAUUUAAAAUUGGAAACAGCAAAGACAUUCCUGAAAUUCCAGAUCACAUUUCUAGUGAUGCAAAGGGCUUUCUGAGGCUGUGCCUGCAAAGGGAUCCAUCUGCACGUCCUACAGCUGUACAAUUAAUGGAUCACCCUUUCCUCCGAGACCAAACUGCAUCAAAAGGCGCUAACAUCAAUGUAACUAAUGAUCUUCCCCGAAAUUCCUUUGAAGGCAGCCACUCACCGACAACCUCAGAGUUCCAGCCCAACAGAACAAAUAUCUCCAUAACUCAAAGAGAUUAUGCGACAACACAAGUAGUAACUUCUUCAAGAGCCUUCAAGGGAAAUACGGAUAGCAUCAGAGUGAACCUGUCAUUGCCAGUGUCUCCCUGUUCAAGUCCAUUGCGACAAUAUGGACCAGCACAUAAGAGCUGUUUUCUGUCUCCUCCUCAUCCAGCUUUUACAUUUGUAGGACAAAGUGGGUAUGGUCGGAAUGAUUAUUUAAUGCUGCCUAAAAGACCGGACACUAAUUACGCUGCCGAUCAUUGGGGUGACAUCGUCCAACCAAGAACCCAAACGCCUGGUGGAUCCCCCAUAGCAAGACUCAUUUGAAUCACGCUUGGAAAGACAGUAGGGCAUCUUUCCUGAAGACAAUGAGUUCCUCCCAGAUUGAAAUUGCAUAUUGUCUUCAAGCAUUUAAUACCCGUCCCAUUUUCUCCUUGAAACUGCGACAGCGCAAUGCACUGGAUGUAAAUGGAUUUUUAUCUUCUUCAUUCCCAUCCAGGCAGAUAAGCUAUGAGGUUGUCAAGAAUGUGAGUCAUGGUUGAACUUGAAGAGAGAAAAGAUGGAGGUGGAUGGACCUUUAUUGUCAGGGCAAUAAGGGUUCCUAGCCACUGAAUUUCUGGGAUGUUAUGACCUUUUCAGCGGAUAUAAUCAUUUUAGCUCAAACAUUGUCGAGAUUUAUGUA